AAAAAGUAGUGGUAGGUGCUUUUCAGUUUGGUGGCAGCAUAGAAGAGGAGGAAGAUCUAAAGAGGUAUAGCUUUGUUUUUCCCUGUCCAUCUUUUCUUGUCUGGUGGAGAUGAAUCCAUUAAUCUCCCUCCACACGUUUUCAUGUUACUACUACUAUAUUCAUUGAUAUUGCGAUUUCUACUUUAUAUUUUGUCAAUCAUGUUCAUCAUCAUCAUCAAUAUCAUCAUCAUCAUCGUCCACUUCUUCUGCCACUACAGGCCGCCCCAAGCAAAACAAACAACAACCUCAAAAGUAAACGCUCGAUUUUAUUAAUGGGAAGCAUCCUCCACUGCUUGCUUUUUUAUAUUGUAUUUAUCUCCAGUUGUCAACGUCAUCUCCACUUCUCUUCUUCUCUCUCUUCUCAACCCUUCAUUUUGCUCGGUCAAUGGAUGGUCAUGCCUACCCAUAUACCCUUGUGUCCUCCUUCUUCUUCUGCUCUCAUGUCACUGUGAUCAACACCACCAAAGACUCAAUCUUGCCCUUCUGGGUAUCUCUAGUUCUCAUGAGAUCAGCCUCAACCCUAUUACCCUCUUUUUCUUGUAAAUACAAUUACAUGGUUUCCAAUUUGAUUAUUCUGCCUUUACUUUUCUCCUUGUUGGUUGUUCAAGCCUCAUUAAUUUGUAACCAGAUUGAUAGAGACUCACUCUUGGAAUUUUCUGGGAAUAUAUCUAUCUCUUCCCCUUACCCUCCUCUCAGUUGGUCUUCUUCUUCUUCUUCCCUUGAUUGCUGUGAUUGGGAAGGUGUUACUUGUGAUGGGGAUCAACGUGUUACUCAUCUUUUGCUACCAUCUAGAGGUCUCUUUGGAGUUAUCUCCCCAUCUCUCACCAACCUAGCUGCUCUCUCUCACCUUAAUCUUUCUCAUAAUAGAUUAUCUGGGAAUCUUCAGAGCCAGUUUUUCUCACUGCUGAAUCACCUUCUGGUUCUUGAUUUGAGCUACAAUCGCCUCUCUGGUGAGUUGCCACCCUUUGUUGCUGAUAACAGUACUAGUGUUGUUAUCCAGGAGGUGGACUUGUCUAGUAAUUUGUUCAAUGGAACGCUUCCAUCUUCAUUGCUUCAGCACCUGGCAGGAGGGAGUUUGAUAUCUUUCAAUGUCAGCAACAACAGUUUCACAGGCCAAAUCCCCACUUCAAUCUUUUGCACCAAUGACCGCAACUCGUCGUCUUCUAUCAGAUUCUUGGAUUAUUCUUUCAAUGAUUUUGAUGGUGUCGUUCAGCCUGGACUAGGAGCAUGUUCCAAUCUGGAGAGGUUUCGAGCAGGUUUCAAUUUUCUAUCCGGGCCUAUUCCUGUUGAUAUUUUUGAUGCUGUCUCUCUUAAAGAAAUAUCACUGCCCCUCAAUAAGCUCACUGGAAGAAUUGGUGAUGGCAUUGUUAGCCUCACCAAUCUCACAGUUUUGGAGCUUUACUCCAAUCAUUUCACUGGCCCCAUUCCGCAGGAUAUCGGUAAUCUUUCCAAAUUGGAACGGUUGCUUCUUCAUGUCAACAAUCUCACAGGUACUAUGCCCCCAUCUCUGAUGAAGUGUGCCAAUCUUGUGGUGUUGAAUUUAAGGGUCAACAAGUUGGAGGGGAAUCUCUCAGAUUUCAAUUUCUCAGGAUUCCUCAGACUUGCUACACUUGACCUUGGCAACAAUAUUUUCACUGGUGUUUUACCACCAACACUUUAUGCAUGCAAGUCACUUGCAGCAUUAAGGCUAGCAUCUAAUCAACUUGAGGGGCAGGUUUCCCCCGCGAUACUUGGACUUGAGUCUCUUUCUUUCCUAUCAAUAUCCACUAACAAGCUGAGGAAUAUAACUGGUGCUCUGAGAAUUCUGACAGGGCUCAAGAAGCUUAGUACCCUUAUGCUGUCCAAGAAUUUUUUGAAUGAAAUGAUGCCACAGGAUGUAAACUUAACAGGACAAGAUGGAUUCCAAAAGCUGCAGGUUCUCGGCUUGGGUGGUUGUCAAUUUACUGGUCAAAUACCAGGCUGGCUAGCAAACCUGACGAAGAUUGAGGCCAUGGACCUGUCCUUUAAUAAGUUUAGUGGUCCAAUUCCUCCUUGGUUGGGUGCACUUCCUCAGCUUUUUUACAUAGACUUGUCUUUUAACCUCCUUACCGGAACAUUUCCGACGGAGCUGACAAGACUCCCAGCACUAACAUCACAACAGGCAAAUGAUAAAGUAGAAAGGACUUACUUGGAGUUACCUGUGUUUGCUAAUGCCAACAAUGUUUCCCUAUUGCAAUACAAUCAGCUUUCUAGCCUUCCACCAGCAUUGUAUCUCAAAAACAAUCGCCUUAGCGGCAGUAUCCCGAUUGAGAUUGGCCAACUGAGUGUCCUUCAUCAGCUGGACCUGAAGAACAACAACUUCUCCGGCAAUAUACCGGUUCAAAUUUCAAACUUGACCAAUUUAGAGACACUAGACCUCUCAGGAAACCACCUAUCUGGUGAAAUUCCUGAUUCACUCAAAAGAUUGCAUUUCUUGUCCUUUUUCAGUGUAGCAUUCAAUGAUCUUCAAGGACAGAUACCAACCGGUGGUCAAUUUGAUACUUUCUCCUUUUCCAGCUUUGACGGAAACACACAAUUGUGUGGUUCAGUUAUUCAGCGCUCUUGUCCUUCUCAACAAAAUACUAACAGUGCUGCAGCUAGUGGCAGUUCAAACAAAAAGGUAUUGAUUGGAAUUAUUAGUGCAGCUUGCUUUGGCUUUUCUUCCUUGGUGACCUUGUUGACACUGUGGAUACUCUCCAAGAGGAGGGUCAAUCCAGGAGCAGCUUCUGACAAGAUUGAACUGGAAUCAAUUGCUACCUACUCCAACAAUGGGGUUUAUCCUGAGAUUGACAACGAGGCUAGCCUAGUGGUCUUGUUCCCCAACAAAACUAAUGAAACCAAGGAUCUUACAAUAUUUGAGAUCAUAAAGGCCACUGAGAAUUUCAGUCAAUCAAACAUCAUAGGAUGUGGGGGUUUCGGUUUGGUUUAUAAAGCAACAUUACCGAAUGGGACUAAUCUAGCCAUCAAGAAACUUUCAGGAGAUUUGGGCCUUAUGGAAAGGGAAUUUAAAGCAGAAGUUGAGGCUUUGUCAACAGCACAACAUGAGAAUCUAGUGUCAUUGCAAGGCUACUGCGUGCACGGUGGUUUCCGCCUUCUCAUAUACAACUACAUGGAGAAUGGAAGUCUGGAUUACUGGUUGCAUGAAAAGGCUGAUGGUGCAUCACCGCUUGAUUGGCCAACUCGUUUGAAGAUCGCACGAGGAGCAAGUUGUGGUUUGGCUUAUCUGCAUCAGAUAUGUGAACCGCACAUCGUGCAUCGCGAUAUAAAGUCAAGCAAUAUACUCCUUAAUGAAAAGUUUGAGGCGCGCGUUGCUGAUUUUGGGUUGUCCCGGUUGAUUCUUCCUUAUCAGACCCAUGUUACAACUGAACUUGUAGGUACAUUAGGUUACAUUCCCCCAGAGUACGGACAAGCAUGGGUGGCUACUCUGAGAGGAGAUGUCUACAGCUUCGGAGUUGUCUUGCUUGAGCUUCUCACCGGUAGGAGGCCGGUCGAUGUAAGCAAGCCGAAAAUGACAAGGGAAUUGGUUGGCUGGGUUCAACAGAUGAGAUGUGAAGGAAAACAAGAUCAAGUCUUUGACUCUUUUAUUAGAGGAAAAGGCUUUGAAGGAGAGAUGCUUCAGGUGCUGGAUGUGGCUUGCAUGUGUGUUAACCAGAAUCCUGUCAAGAGACCCAGCAUCAGAGAAGUUGUUGAAUGGCUCAAGAAUGUAGGAUCAUCCAACCAACAAGGAAACAAAGAUUAGCAAGAAAUGCUUUGCCCUUCAACAUAUCAUGACAGUAGAUAUUGUUAUACUUGUGCAAAAAAGUUUUGCUUUUCUAUACACAGUUUAAUUAUCAUUUUUACCACUGUAAAUGUUGACCCGCCCUGUCAGAAUAAGAUUUUGUGAAUUAUAUUGUGAUCA